GCCGGGCCAGCUGCGCCCCGCGUCGUCACCCAGUCGUCCCCGCUCCGCCUUCCGCGUUCCGGGCCUCGGGUGCGUGGUGCAGGCGGCGCGCGCUUCCGGAGCCGCGGCGGAGCGCACAAGACCAUCUGAUACGUAGCAAUGGGGAGACCCAGGAAGGAGACCAGUGGCACAUCAUCCCCUCGGCCAGCUACAGCUGCCUCUAAAACCACCCCUGCUGCACCACCACCUUCUGCCUCAGCCACCCGGGCCAAGGCCAUGGCUGUGGGCAGCCGAUCCAAGAGCACUCCAGCUGCUGGAGUCCCCAGCCAGGGGCAGGGUGCCAAAACAGGAUCCUCUCAGCCUAGAUCUAGCACUCCAGCUGCUGGGGUCACCAGCUCUAGCCAGGGGAGGGGUACAAAGCCAGAUUCCUCACAGCCUAGACCUGCAGCAUCCCGCGGAGCCCGAGGAGAUGCCAGAGACCAGCACAAAGCAACUGCUGGCAGUUGCUCUGCAACCCAUAAGAAGUCACCUGAUGCCAUAGGAGCCACCAGUUUGGCCAGACUUGACCCACGUCCACAGAAGAAGCAGCCUGGGACUGACUGGAGCAGGUCCUGUGAGCGGUUCCUGCCCCCGCUGGAAAGCCAGGACAUCGCACAGGUGGAGAAGGAGACCCGGGGCCAGCGGAGCAACCCCAAGUGGUACGAGUGGCGGGAGAACCGCAUCACUGCCUCGGUGGCCCCCAGGAUUGCCAACAGCAAGUUUGCCAAUGGCAAGACAGAUGAGGUCCCCAAGUCCUACCUGAAAGCAGUGGUGAGCUCCAGCCCCGGGAUACAGACACCAGCCAUGUCCUGGGGGCUCCGCAACGAGAAGGCAGCCGUACAGGCCUAUGAGCAGCUGAAGUCACAGGCAGUGGGCAAGCCAGUACAGGUGGAGGACUGUGGCCUCUUCAUUAACCAAGAGAAGAAGUGGAUUGCUGCCAGCCCAGAUGGCAUCAUCAAGGAGGCAGCCACAGGGAAGGCCCUGGGGCUGCUGGAGGUGAAGUGUCCCUACAAGCACAGGAACAGGACCGUGCAGGAGGCCUGCAAGGACAAGGACUUCUGCCUUAAGGUAGAUGGGGACUCCUAUGCCCUGAAGAAAGAUCAUCCCUACUUCACCCAGGUCCAGUGCCAGCUAGCUUCUGCUGGCUUCCAGCAGGCUGACUUUGUGGUGCACACCAACAAGGAGACAGCUGUGGUCCCUGUGGAGUUCGAUGCUGAUUUCUGGGGGCAGACAGUGCCCAAGUUAGAGAAGUUUUACACUGAGGCAGUGAUUCCCCACCUAGAGGAAAAGGCAGGUGGCUCUGUCUGCAGCAAGGAGGAGUAGACCCCCAUACAUUGCUUGGUUGCAGAAAUCCAGCUUUGGCCCCUAGCAUAGAAGUUACACAUGGGUUUGCUGCUGUGCUUGGACCAUUUGCUGCCUCUGCCCCAAUGCAACUGCCUCGGGUCUGAAGUGUACCAGCAGGACCAUGAUUUGGUAAGGGUCCCUACAAAUGGUGAUUGCUUCUCAACUCAGCCAGGCCAGUU